GGUAGUUAAAUAUCCAGAUUUCACCAUGUACCCAAGGGUCAUCCUAAAGGAAACACUGUACAAGAAAUCACAACAGAAGAGAAGAACUUCGCCAUGCAAUUACAAAGAGAGGAUUUUUGUGCUAAACACAGACGAUUUGACAUACUUCGAACAUCGUCCUGGGAAAAAGCCAACUCAGAAAGGCUGCAUCGAACUGUCUCAUAUCAAGUGUGUGGAGAUCGUUCGCAGUGAUGUUCCCAUUCCCUGUGAUUACAAGUACCCUUUCCAGAUCGCCCAUGACAGCUACUAUCUGUAUGUGUUUGCUCCAGACAAUGAUUGUAGGUUAAAAUGGGUCAGAGCUCUGAAAGAAGCGACGCAAAAUAACAACUUAUUUCUGAAGUACCAUCCUGACUUCUGGGGAGAAGGGAAAUGGAGAUGUUGUCAGCAGACCGAGAAGCUGGCGACGGGAUGCAGUGAAUACUAUCCCAGUGGAGCCAAACCUCUUCCCCCUACUCCAGAUCCCACGCGCCGAUCUUCAGAUCCAGAGGAGAGGAUUGUUGUGGCUUUGAGGAAUUUCAGCCCUGUAGAAGAUACAGACCUGCCUCUGCAUAAAGAUGAAGAGUAUUUUGUCAUUGACAGUUCAGAACAAAACUGGUGGACUGUGAGGGACAAAAACGGAAAUGUUGGCACGGUGCCGUGCAUAUAUAUUGCAGAAAAAAGAUCAAACAACAUUGAUAAAUUUGAAUGGUACAAUAAAGACAUAACUCGGACUGAGGCAGAGAGCUUACUAAUGAGAGAGAACAAGGACGGGGGUUUCAUGGUUCGUGACUCUAAACACCCAGGUGUAUACACCGUGUCAAUAUUUUCCAGAGUCUCAGGGACUGAUGGAGAGAAGUAUCCUCUAGUUAAGCACUACCAGAUCAAAGUACAAAGAGAAGGUGAAAAGGUCAUGUAUUACUUAGCUGAGAAAUACGUGUUCUCGACCAUUCCAGAGCUCAUCCGCUAUCAUCAACACAAUCCAGCAGGUUUAAUAACCAGAUUGAGGCAUUGUGUGUCUAGAAAUGUCACAAACCCAAAGAUCAAGGAGUUGUCAUCAGAUAAAUGGGAGAUUCACCCUGAUGAAUUGACAUUAAGCGAGGAACUGGGCAGUGGGCAGUUUGGCUUGGUCUGGAAGGGAAGCUGGAACGACCUGCAGGUGGCAGUUAAGACUCUCCGAGAGGGUUUCAUGUCAGAGGAGGAGUUUAAGGAGGAAGCACAAGUGAUGAUGAAACUGUCCCACAAUAGGCUGGUCCAGUUGCAUGGUGUGGUCACUCAGCGCUCACCCAUCUAUCUGGUAUUUGAAUUCAUGGAGAACGGCUGCCUGACAGACUUCUUGCGUGCCAGAAAAGGCAGUUUCUCCCAGGAGGUCCUGCUGGGGAUGUGUUUGGAUGUGAGUGAAGGGAUGGCCUACCUGGACAGCUCCAACUUCAUCCACAGAGACUUGGCUGCAAGAAAUUGUUUGGUUUCUGAAGAUAAUGUGGUGAAGAUAUCAGAUUUUGGAAUGACAAGGUUUGUCCUAGAUGAUCAAUACACCAGUUCUUUUGGGUCCAAAUUUCCAGUGAGAUGGUCCUCUCCAGAGGUGAUCAAAUUCGGGAAGUAUAGCAGCAAAUCAGACGUGUGGUCAUUUGGUGUGUUCAUGUGGGAGGUGUACAGUGAGGGCCGUAUGCCCUAUGAUAGCCGUAGUAAUGCAGAGGUAGUGGAGACCCUAAAUGCAGGACUGCGGCUCCUGAGACCCCGUCUCUGUCCACAGAGUGUGUACGAGUUAAUGCAGUGGAGCUGGAAAGAGAAACCUGAGGAUCGACCCUCGUUUGCUCUGCUCCUGCAUGAACUGGCCUGCCUUGAACAAGAGCCUUGAUCCUGAUCACACCCUUCCCUGUACUGGCUUUUAGGGACAGCUCAUUCAAAAAAUCAUGUCAUCUUUUAAUAACCAUCAUGUCAUUUCAAACCUGUUUUUUGUGGAACAAAAAAGGUGAAUUUUGAAGAAUCUUUGCAUAGCAGUUUUCCAUAUAUGGAAGUUCGUAUUUGACCAAAUAGGAAAAAAGGCACUUUAAAUUGUGUUAGGUUUUGACUUGUGAGCUAUGUGUUAGCUGGGUGUUCAGACUGAAGCUAUAUGAUAUAAUAAAUAAAUAAAUACAUAAAUAAUUAAAACUGUAGAUGUCCAUUGCAGCUUGGAAAACUUGACAGAUUAUGGCCUGUUGUUGUAUGAAGAAAAAAAAGCUGCUUAAAAAUUCUUCUUUAAUGUUUAAUAGGUUUGA